AUGCGUGUGAAGAUGGCCAGCGAAGGAAGCAGCGGGCUGCCCAGAGAAGUGUGGCCAGCGAUCCAAUUGCUGUGUGCUGACAAACGCGCGCACGCGAAGGCGGCCAGCGAUGGUAGCCGCGAGCCGCCCGGAGAAGUGCGGCCAGCGAUGUAUUUCUCGGCCACGCAAGGGAGCAUGCGUGUGAAGAUGGCCAGCGAAGGAAGCAGCGGGCUGUCCAGAGAAAGAUUCUUUCAACAAUGGAUUUCAAGGCCAGUACAUGCCCAUACUUUACCAGAGCGUAUCUCACCAGAUAGUGAUAUGGACAAAACUGCACAACUGCUACAAACAUUUAUUGGGAAACUGUAUCAGCUUGCUGAAUUACUCCAAAAGCAGACAGCGAGUGGACUACAGCUCAUCCUAGAUCAUUUGUCUGAACGUGUUCCGCAACUACUACCAGAAACUGAACUUAUGGAAUUUCUACUCUCUGUUUCAUGGCUUCAUGAUCCUCAGUAUCUUGUUUCUCAUUUUGCGUCCUUACCGCAAACUGAUAUUGAUACAGAGCUUGAGUUACCAGCAGCCACAGAUUUUGUUCCAUAUAAUGUGUUCUUUACUCUACCUGAACCACAAGAUUAA